AUGGAGUUCCUAGGCGGCGGUGACUUGCAGCAGCGAAUGUACAACUGCAAUUACUUGUCUGAGAUGAAUUCCAAAUAUUUUUUCAUUCAAAUGGUUUCGGCAAUCAAAUACUGCCACGGAUGCUCACCGCCAAUUGUCCACCGCAACCUGUCACCCCACAACGUGUUGCUGGCAAGCAACGAAAUGCUGGCACUCAUCCAAAUUGCCGACUUUGGACUCGCGAAGCUGAUGUCGUCGCUAACAACCUAUUGCGGAAGCGAGUGGUACAUCGCCCUGGAAAUGAGACGCCAGCUGGACGAUGACGACGCCGAUCCCUACACGCCGGCCGUGGACGUUUGGACUUUGGGAGUCGUCUUGCACUACAUGCUGUUUGGCUGGCAUCCCGCCUGCGCCCGCGCCCAUCACACCGGCCUCUCCACCUCCACGGAGCAAUAUGGACUUCCAUCAAACGAAGGUGCAUUCAAAGCUCACUGCGAGACGGUGAGCGAGCCGGCCCGCUCACUGAUUGACGGCAUGAUGACGACCGACGUUAGGCUGCGCCACAGCAUUGAAGAGAUUACCGGCUGCAAGUGGUUUCGUGACGAGGGCACUUUGGCCCAACUGCGGGAGAAAAUAAUCAAGGACACGCCCAUUUUCUAA